AUGUCGCUCGGACAGGACAAGCCGUUGGCCGAAUCCGUGGCUGCGCCGGAGGCCAAAGAGGAAGACGAGGAGUCUCGAACUACGGACCUUCCUUUGGAGGAGCUGGCGAAGAGCGAAGGUAGCGGUGAGGCCGAGACGGUCGAGCCCGUCGCCGAGCAGGGCGGUAGCAUGGAAGUCGACACGGCAGCAGCCGAGGACGACGACAGCUCUGUGGAGCAGUCGGUUACUGUGCGCUUGCCUGUCACACGAGUCGGUGGGGAGGAAGAGGAAGAGUUCUUGAAGAAGGCUGCCAUUUCCCAGAUGGAGUCCGCUCGCCUUCAGGAGAAGGGCAAGGGCAAAGGCUACGGCAAGGGCCACGGCAAGUCCCAAAAAGGCGGCAAGGACGGAAAGGGCAAGAGCAAGGAUGGCAAGGGAAAAUCCGGCAAAGGCAAAGCAGGAAAAGGCAAGGGGCGGAAAGGUGGCAAACACUGA